AUGCUGACCGCAACUUCCAGACGACAGGACCUGUUUACGCCGCAACAACAGUACCAACACCACCCACACUCACAACAGCAACAACACCCACAGCACUUACAGCACUCGCAGCAGCAGCAGCAACAACAACAACAACAACAACAACAACAACAACAACAACAACAGCAACAACACCACUAUCAACCUACUGUACAGCACCCACAGCAUCCUCAUCAUCACCAUCAACAGCAACAGCAUCCUCAACAGCAGCAGCAACAACAACAUCAACAGCAGCAACAACAGUUACAGCAGCAACAGCAACAACAACAGCAGCAACAGCAGCAACAUGAUCAACAAAGCAUUCUUCUGCACGAAUCCCUUUCAUUGACCACAGCAUCGGCAUCAAGGAUAGAGGAGAUUGACCGCCUUAGCGUAUUCUUGACAACAGCGCCCACUUACGAGAAGGAGCUUUCCAAGUUUGUGCUGCCAACAGGCGAGACGAUAGCCUGCGUCCUCUGGAACGAGCUCUACCACAUCACAGGCACCGACAUUGUGCGCUCCCUCGUCUCCCGCUUCGAGAGCUUUGGACGUCCUGUCCGCAACAUCAAAAAGUUUGAGGAGGGAGUGUUCUCGGACCUGAGGAACCUCAAACCCGGUGCCGACGCCUGUCUCGAGGAGCCUAAGUCGCCGUUCCUGGAGAUGCUCUACCGCAACAACUGCAUUCGGACACAGAAGAAGCAAAAGGUGUUUUACUGGUACUCUGUACCCCACGACCGCCUCUUCCUCGACGCCAUGGAGCGAGACCUCAAGCGCGAGCAGGCGGGGACCGAGCCCACCUCUCAGGCAGUCACAGAACCGGCUCUUUCGUGCACGCUUGAGACUGUGCGCGAUCUGGUCGAGCGGCUCUCUCGCCGGACCAUCGAGAUGAACACCAUCACAGAGACCCUACAAAGCUUCACCCCAGACGGAGUCGCCCCCAUGAACCGUCAGCUGCCCACAUCCACAACACCCUCGGCCGUCUCGCCCACACAAGCUCAACUCGUCCCAGAGGGCGGCAGUGCACAUGGCCCAGCAGGAUUAGUGACUUCCAAGAUGGACUCUCACGGCGGUCCCUUUGAACCUCGUCACGACCUGCCGCCAGGACACUCAUAUCUUGAGGACCUAGGAUCGGAUGACAACUCAGAGUCAAAAGUCCCCUCGGAUCCUGAAGGUAGCCAGGGCUUGGGUUCAGAUGCAGCACAUGCCUCAGAGCCUAACACGGGGCUUUUUGGAUCUUUCACGCUCUUUGAGGGAUCACCCACAUACAAGAAGAGACGCAGGCGAUCGACCGCCAACCCUUCGAUGUUGUCAGAGACUGUCGAACGUAGCCUGGAGAUGGUUUCGGCAAGCAGAGGAUCAGGAUCCUUCUCGCACGGAGACAGUCGGCAUGGGUCUUUUGACUUUGAGCAUGACGGAGGCGAGUAUUACCUGGAUGGACACGGCUCCAACGGAGGAUCGAGAGGUCAUGGACUCACAGGCGGAUUUGGUCACGACGGAGGUCGCCCUCUUCACCACCAAGGAUCUGCAUCUAUGUCGUCGCUGCAGGCACUGCAUUCAAACUCAGCCAACCCCUCGCGGUCCUACGCCUGCCCGGUGCAGCUUUGCGGUCGCCUUUUCAAGCGCCUGGAACACUUGAAGCGUCACUGGAGGACACACACCUUGGAGAGACCCUAUGCUUGCACCAUCUGCUCCAAGCGCUUCUCCAGAAGCGACAACCUGGCUGCUCAUCGCAAGACUCACGAGAAGCCAUCAUGGGCUACCGAUGAUGACCCAUCUCGAGAGGGAGAUCAGGAGGACGAGUUGGACGAGGAUGACCAAGAGGAUGAGCUCCACAGACUCAAGGGUUACGCCUCGGACCAUAGCAUGACCAGGAAGCGACGCCGCACACACAGGGACCGUGGAAUGGAGUCUAUGAGUGAGCGAGAGAGCAUGAGCGAGCUCAGCAGUGGUGAUGAGGACGACGAAGCGAGUAUGAUCAACAUGAUGCGGCUCUCCUCUGGUGUUCAUGACCCCUUCCAGCGCGGUGGGUUCUCCAAAAUGGGCCUGCCUCUGGACUCGCAGCCGCAGCACCCUCUUCAACCGCACCAGCAGUCUCAUCAGCAACAACAACAGCAACAUUAUCCCUUGGCCGCACAUCGUCCAGUGGCGUUCUCAGAGAUGGCUCUCGGCGCUGCUCAGUCGUUCGUCCCUGGUCUCCCUAUGAUGGCAGCGCCCACGAACGGACAUUACGGAGCAUUCCCAGCAGGUCCUCUGUCAGCAGGCUUUGGCGGAUUUCUGCCCAACCAGGCCGUGCCCCCACCACUGUUCACGCUGGAUGAGGAAGAGGAGGAUGAGAACGAGGAGAUCUCGGGCAUGGAGAAGCUGCGCUACAAGUACGAGUACGAGAUCAAAGCUGCGAUCGAUUCAACCCCUGUCCUGUCGGAAGUCUCCAAGAUGAUGACUGUGCCGACGUAUAACACUGGAUCCUUUGCAUACACUGGUCCUAUGCCCGAGUACGUCACUUAUGGAUCCUUCCCAUUGGCAACCCCUGUGACUCUUGGACAUCGGUAUUCGUAUGACCCCUCUGUCGCGGCAUCGUCUACGUUGUUCUCAACAGCCAUGACGCCUUCGUCCUCAUCUACCUCUACGUCUUCGGUCUCGACUACCAUGUCUGGAGGACAGACCAACUACCCCGUUGUGCACACUGCAGCCUUGCCACCUUCCCAUCAUCACCAAGAGUUCCUUGAGUUCUCUAUGCUACCCAAUGUCCCCAUUUAA